AUUUCAACGCACCUUCCAUCUCCUGUACAAACACCUUUUUCCGAUCCUCUUCAAUUCCCUUCCCUUCCCUAUAUAUUUAUCUACACGUACCUAGAGACUCUCCACAGAACACAAACACAAAGAACCUCCCAAAACAAUGGCCUCUCUUCAUCGAUCUUUAGCCUUCAUGGCUAUGUUGUCCUUGCUUUCUGUUUGUUUAGCCAUAGACAUGUCCAUAAUUGAUUACAACAUAAAACAUGGCCAAGUCCCAGAAAGAACAGAGGCAGAGACAAGAAGAAUCUACGAGAUGUGGUUGGUUAAACAUGGUAGAGCAUAUAAUGCGUUGGGUGAGAAAGAAAGACGAUUUGAGAUUUUCAAGGAUAACCUUAAAUUUAUCGAUGAACAUAAUUCUGUUGGGAACCCGAGUUAUAAACUUGGGUUGAACAAGUUUGCGGAUUUGAGUAACGAUGAGUACCGGUCGGUUUACUUGGGUACGAGGAUGGAUGGGAAGAGAAGGUUGUUAGGUGGGCCAAAAAGUGAGAGGUUUUUGUUUAAGGAAGGUGAUGAUUUGCCGGAGACUGUUGAUUGGAGAGAAAAGGGGGCUGUCGCCCCUGUUAAAGAUCAAGGCCAGUGUGGGAGUUGCUGGGCAUUCUCCACUGUUGGAGCGGUGGAAGGGAUCAACCAAAUUGUAACUGGUAACUUGACAUCUCUGUCAGAACAGGAGUUGGUGGAUUGCGAUAAGACAUAUAACCUGGGAUGCAAUGGAGGUCUCAUGGACUAUGCCUUUGAUUUUAUUAUUGAGAAUGGUGGUAUUGAUACCGAAGAAGAUUACCCCUACAAGGCUAUUGAUAGCAUGUGUGAUCCAAAUAGGAAAAAUGCUCGAGUUGUUACAAUUGAUGGUUAUGAAGACGUUCCACAGAAUGACGAGAAGUCAUUAAAGAAGGCUGUGGCAAACCAACCUGUUAGUGUUGCCAUUGAAGCUGGUGGAAGGGAUUUCCAACUCUACCAAUCUGGUGUUUUUACUGGGUCAUGCGGAACACAGCUAGACCAUGGUGUGGUUACUGUUGGGUACGGUACAGAGCAUGGUGUAGAUUACUGGAUUGUGAGGAACUCAUGGGGUCCUGCUUGGGGAGAGAAUGGGUACAUCAGGAUGGAGCGUGAUGUUGCCAGCACUGAAACUGGAAAGUGUGGAAUAGCAAUGGAAGCUUCAUAUCCCACCAAGAAGUCUGCAAAUCCCCCUAAUCCUGGUCCCUCCCCUCCAUCUCCAGUGAACCCUCCACCUCCAGAAAAGCCUUCCUCAGAGUGCGAUGAUUACUACUCAUGCCCUGCUGGAAGCACAUGCUGCUGCAUAUAUCAGUACGGUGACUAUUGCUUUGGAUGGGGGUGCUGCCCUCUGGAGUCUGCAACCUGCUGUGAUGACCAUUACAGCUGCUGCCCUCACGAGUAUCCUGUCUGUGACCUUGAAGCUGGAACCUGCAGAAUGGUAAGUAUAGUCACCUAUUCCCUUAAAGACAAUUGUAAUGAGUUUGUGAAGGCAGCUUCUGAAAUUUUAACCUUGUAUGCUGCUGAUAUGUUACAGAGCAAGAGCAAUCAAUUUGGUGUUAAGGCGUUGACUCGAGCUCCUGCUAGAAUUACUCAGUCUCACCAGCUUGGUGGUAGGAGGCGAGCUGGUAGGAGGUUCAGCUCUGCUUGAGAUAAUCCUAGGUCGUUAAGGGUCUGCUAGAGCAAUAUGUGGGGCUAAGGUUGACCAUGUUUAGUUCAGCGAAACUUGUCAUCUAGUUUUUCAUUAUUUGUAAAUUCCUUAAAUUGUCUGCUGAGGAAGAUGCUAUAAACUUACGAUUGGAUGGCCUCCAUUUGUAAAUAAUCAUCAUCAACUAUUGAUUCCCUUCAAUUCUUAUUUUCGUUUAUAA